AUGGAGACGGCUAUAGCAAAGUCAAUAUUUGAAGAUGCAUCGUCAGUUCAUGGCGGUCUUAGACAGGUCACCUUAUCAGAUUAUGAUAUAAUAAUAGGGGCAGUCAAUGAAAACAAUGACCAUUGGACAUUAUGUGCAGUUUACCCCAAAGAAAAAAUAAUUUUUUAUGUCAACCCACUUGGAGAAUCAAAGCCCAGAAUGGAUAAAUUUCUCAUGCAUUGGAGGAGAUUCCUCCUACAGAGGUACAACACCGGAUUAGAUAGUCCUCCAAUGUCUGCACAGUGGAAGAUAGAGAGAAAAUGUCAUAUCAAGCAGUAUGACUCUGUGUCUUGUGGGGUCUAUGUAUUAAAGUUUGCUGAACAUUUUGUCUGGGCCCAGUCAUUGAACUUCCGUUCAGCACGGAACGAGUUGGUAGAAAUAAGACUUGGCAUAGCAAAGCAAUUAUUGGAAAUAUCUGAGCCACUUGAAAGCUAUUGCAGGGAGUGUUGCUUUACAGAGACAGCAGAAACUAUCUGGAUACAAUGCGACUCAUGUCCAAAGUGGUUCCACAAAUCAUGCCUUGAUAUUCCAGAGCACAAUAACAUCAUAGAUAUUCAGACAAAUCCAUACCUGUGCAAAUUUUGUCUGAAAGAUUAUGAAACAGAGAACACAGAUCAACCUAAGAAAAGAAACACCUACCAACUUCGACUGAAUCCCCAACAGAAAAGGAAGAGAAGUUCUUUUGUGUAUGACGCAGUGAAAAAGAUCAAGCUGGACAACAUUUACAAAUCAGGGAAAGGUGAAAAGAAUGACAUUGAGAAAUGGGAGAGGAAUAUGGAGAUUCCCGUUUUGCCACUGGAAAAAGUGCCACCAUUAAUUUGGCCAGAGGAUAUGGAUGAUGAUGUCGAAGAUAUUAGUGAUGAUGAGGAAAAGGAAGGAGGAUUCGGAAAAAUAAGCAUGGGGGAAAUUGAAGAAACAAUUGGAAAACUCUACUCAACAAUUCCUUUGCUUGCAGCUGGAAAAGUAAUGAGUCCAUAUCAUGACAACUUUGUGAAAGGUAUCUUCAAACCCACUUGUGGCUAUGGACUAACAGAGUUCAAAUCACAGACAUAUGUGGCUCUAGAAGUCUGGAUAACGAAAACAUUUUUAAAAAAUGUCAGAAAAGACAUAUUCACAAAUUGGACUACAGUCCGUGGUGCAGGAAAAGAACUCUUGGCGAGAUUCAAAGAAUCAUCAAUUUACGGAGAGCAGUAUGUCAAACAUGUUAUCAUGAAAGAAAUAAUAACAAGGAUUGUAAUGGACAUCCGAAACAUUUCCUGGGAGGAGGCUGCAAGAAUUUGUUCUGCCACUGAGAGUUGUAGCUAGCAAAGGUCAAUUAAGUUGGCAAUGAAAAAGCCGGCACUGUCAGCCAAAUCUUGUUCUUGAGACCCCGAUUAUCAUGGACAUCAUACAGUAGGGAAGGAGGUAAAUUGUAUACGGGUACAGUUGUAUUAGGCAUUAGCCAGCCUAAUAGUGACACUUAUACCGAACUGUACAGUUGUGACAUUAUAGUAUACCCCAAUUUAUACUUUUAGUCUGUAUGUAAUGUAUGAUGUAGAAAUGUCUCAUUUUUUUCAUUUUGGAAUGUUUUCUGCUUUCAUUUAUAUGCCUGUCCAUUCAAAAAUAGCUUCCAUGCAGUCGUUUUUGAAAUGAUCAGAUUGCUAUGAGAUUUGGUUA